AUGUCAGGUAUCAAUAUAAACAUCAAUCUGAAUCUAGAGAAGAAUAAGUAGAGUUAUAUUUAUAAACUAGAGAGUUGCCAAAAGCAAAGGUGAAAAACAUUGUGAUGAGGAACCAAAGAAAAAGAAAAAGAAAUAAGGGAAAUCAAAAUAAACUAAUUAAUCACCACUUCCUUGGGGAUUGAAUCAAGAAAGACUUAAGAAUUAUAUCUUUGCCCAAUUAGAAAAGAGAGACAACCUAUUGUAUCAAUAAUAGAUGAGGAAAGGUAAAGUAGAAGAACCAAAGUAAGAUCGUAGAGAGAUUUUGGGAGUCUCGUUUUUGAAUCAUCUUCCAAAAAGGAAAAUAAAAUAGAUGAUAAAUAGUAAAUAUUUAUUUUGAUAUUGUUUAGAAUAGAAGGUAAAUGAAAAUGAAGAAUAAAUACAAUAUUAGCCAAAAUUUAAUGAAUAAUAAUUACAUGAAAUUAGAAUGUAUAAAGAAUGGAAGAGAAGAUAAAUUUAAUUUGAUUUGCAAUUCAAAAAACAACAAGAAUAAUAAAGAUAAACUAAAAUAUAAUAAAACUUAUAGAAUUUAAACGAAUAUAUUAAAUGUAAAUAAAACACUAUAAUCUACAAUAGAUCGAAAUCAUACUACAUCUGUACAUUAAAAAAAGUCAGUGUCUUUUCAUAAAAAAAAAAGAACAAAAUCAUCAAUGGCAGAAAAGAAAAGAGAAUUGAUUAUUAAAUAUUAAAAUCUAGCCAAUCGAUAUGCUUAAAUUAAUGGAGAACCUAAAGAUAAUCAAAGUUGUUUUGGUUUAGUAUUGGAUAGUGAUUAAGAAGGUAUAUCUUAAAUGGAUUCAAUACACAAAAGUACAAGAAGAUAGAAUGUUAUAUCUGAACCAACUUUAGAUGAAGAUGAAGAAUAAUAAAUACAAGAAUUGGGAAAUCUUGAAAAAGAAAUGGCAUAAAUUGUUAAGGCUGCAAUAAUUAUAUAAAAGAUCUGGAGAGGUUAUAAAACAAGAUAAAUAUUAUAAUAUUAUAAAAAUUAUGUAGAAGAUGAUGAUGAUGAUGAUUAAAUUAAAUUAGAUUAAUUAANAUAUAAAUUUUUCAAAUUUUCAUCAUAAUAAUUCAAAUUGUAUAUUUUAUAAAAAAUGUCAGGUAUCAAUAUAAACAUCAAUCUGAAUCUAGAGAAGAAUAAGUAGAGUUAUAUUUAUAAACUAGAGAGUUGCCAAAAGCAAAGGUGAAAAACAUUGUGAUGAGGAACCAAAGAAAAAGAAAAAGAAAUAAGGGAAAUCAAAAUAAACUAAUUAAUCACCACUUCCUUGGGGAUUGAAUCAAGAAAGACUUAAGAAUUAUAUCUUUGCCCAAUUAGAAAAGAGAGACAACCUAUUGUAUCAAUAAUAGAUGAGGAAAGGUAAAGUAGAAGAACCAAAGUAAGAUCGUAGAGAGAUUUUGGGAGUCUCGUUUUUGAAUCAUCUUCCAAAAAGGAAAAUAAAAUAGAUGAUAAAUAGUAAAUAUUUAUUUUGAUAUUGUUUAGAAUAGAAGGUAAAUGAAAAUGAAGAAUAAAUACAAUAUUAGCCAAAAUUUAAUGAAUAAUAAUUACAUGAAAUUAGAAUGUAUAAAGAAUGGAAGAGAAGAUAAAUUUAAUUUGAUUUGCAAUUCAAAAAACAACAAGAAUAAUAAAGAUAAACUAAAAUAUAAUAAAACUUAUAGAAUUUAAACGAAUAUAUUAAAUGUAAAUAAAACACUAUAAUCUACAAUAGAUCGAAAUCAUACUACAUCUGUACAUUAAAAAAAGUCAGUGUCUUUUCAUAAAAAAAAAAGAACAAAAUCAUCAAUGGCAGAAAAGAAAAGAGAAUUGAUUAUUAAAUAUUAAAAUCUAGCCAAUCGAUAUGCUUAAAUUAAUGGAGAACCUAAAGAUAAUCAAAGUUGUUUUGGUUUAGUAUUGGAUAGUGAUUAAGAAGGUAUAUCUUAAAUGGAUUCAAUACACAAAAGUACAAGAAGAUAGAAUGUUAUAUCUGAACCAACUUUAGAUGAAGAUGAAGAAUAAUAAAUACAAGAAUUGGGAAAUCUUGAAAAAGAAAUGGCAUAAAUUGUUAAGGCUGCAAUAAUUAUAUAAAAGAUCUGGAGAGGUUAUAAAACAAGAUAAAUAUUAUAAUAUUAUAAAAAUUAUGUAGAAGAUGAUGAUGAUGAUGAUUAAAUUAAAUUAGAUUAAUUAAUUCCAAAUUUAAGUUAAAGAUAAGAUUAAUUGGAACCAAUUUGUUAAUCAGUUUAAAUAGGUAAAGAAUAGAGUGGAUUAAAAUCAUCUUAAAAAAAGAUUGAUAAAAAUGGAUUUAAUACUUUUAUUGAUUAAUUGGAUUGGGAUGAUGAAAAUGAAGAUUAAUUCAAUUCUUAAAAGGUAUCAUCUAUUAAAAAGUUAUCUUAAUAAAAAUCACUUCAUAAAAUAAUAAUUGAAAAAUAAAAAUAAUAAUGGCAUUAAAUGUUAGAACAUAUUUCAUAAUUAUAAAGAAAAGGAUCUAAAUAAAAUAUUAAAGAAGUUUUAUAAGAUUUGAAAGCUUUCACUUUACAAUUAACAUAAGAAAUAGAUGGAGAAAUUAAUGAAGAUAAUUUAGACAAAUAAGAUUAAUAAUAAUCUGUAGAAAUGAGUGAAAUUAGAUAAGUUAUGGGAUCAGAAAAUCUAGUUAAAUUAUCAUAGACUUCUUCUCCUGCUAACAAAGAUGGUUCUUUAUUUGAAUAAAAUCCAUUUUAUGAUUUUACAUCAAAAAAAUUUAAAGAACUUCUUAAUAGAGAAUAUAUGAAUAAAUUAAUAUAAAUGAGAGAAACUGCAAUUGAAGAAAGACAUAAAAAUGAAAUGAAAAAUAUUCAUGAAGCAUUAUAAUAAAAAUAAAUUAGUCCAAAAACAUUUGAAAAAUAAAAAUAUAAAAUUGAAAAAUGGGUUACAAAAGAAAAAGAAGAUUUUAAAUAAUAAAAAUCAAAUAUUGAAAAUGGAUGGAAAGGAUUAUAUGAAACAUUUAUGAGAACAUAAAAGGAUUUAUUAUUUAUGUCUAAAUUGAAAAAUUAAUAAUUAACAUCUUCCUUCUCAAGUGAAAAUGUUAGUAAUUUAAGAUUAAUUAGAGAAAUCAAUUCAGGAUCUCAAUCUAAAAUAGUUAAAACUAAUAAUUUUGAUACUGUUACUAUGAAUUUUAGUUCAUCCAUUUGUGAAUCAUAAGAUAUUAGAAAAGUACCUAAAACAUCUCCAUCACCCUCUCCACGUCAAUAAUAAUAAUAAUAUAAUUAAUAAUAAAUAUAUGAAAAUUUAGAAUGGGAUGAUGAAAUGUUGUACACUAGUGAUAAUUUAGAUUGUGGCAAAAUUUAAUAAUCUUAAGUUAUUAAAGUAUCUACACUUAUAAAUAAAGAACCUGAAUAUAGUGAUUCAUAAAUUUAAUCAUAUUCCAUUUUAAUUGCUAAUUCAAUUAUUGGAAAUGAAAUCUAAGAUAUGUAUGAAGAAUUAAAGGUAAACAAUAAAGAUAUCACUACUUUAAUUAAGUUUCAAUAAUAUAAAGGAAUCAAAACAAACAUAUAAUAAGUCAAAGUCUAUUUAGCAAAAUUAGAAUCAUUUUUAUUAUAGUCAGAUAAAAAAGCAGCAUUAAUUUAAAGAAUAAAUACUCCUUUGGGCCCAACUCCAAAGGAAAUCUUGAAAUUUUUCCAUUAUUAUGAUGAAGAGGAUGAUUAUCAAUCUAGUGAACAUGAUGAUAUCUCUAAUUAACCUAUUUUAUAGACAGAAUAAUAUGCAUAAUUAGAGAAUUAACUUAUGGAAGAAGAACAAAUUUCUUCAGAAGAUGGAUUUUUAUUAGAAUUAGAACAUAUUCAUAAUAAAGUGUUAUAUGAUGCAUUAAAUGAAGCUUUGGAUUACUUUAGACCUUUUGGAUUAAAUGGAUAUCCUCUGCCUUGGAUUAAAUAACCAUUAGAAUUAAUAUAAAGGUAUAUAUUAUAUAUACUAUUAUAAAUAGAAAUAAGAAAUAAGAAUCUAUUUAAGAGAUAUUUUAAGGAGCAAUAAAAUAAGUUACUGAUUGGGCAUCAUUCUUAGUAGGUUUAAUAAUUGAUAAACCAGAUUCUCCAUUUCCUAAAAUUCUGAUGCUAGAUUAAGAAUAUUUAAAUUAGAUUAAAGAAGAGAGGAUGAUAAGAAUGCUUAAUUAAGAAGUAUUUUUAUUAAUAAUAAUAAUUAAUAGAUUUAUUAAAAUGAAGAGAGAUGGUUAAUAUAUGAUGAAGAAUAAUCUGAAAUUCUAGUAGAAAUUUCAUUGAUGGUUUAAGAUUAGUUAAUUGAUGAAUGUUUAAAAGAGCUAAUACAGUUUUCAUGA